CCUAGUGUGGUCAUGUGACCUGGAAGAUGACGUAAACACAUCCCUGCAGCUGCAGUGAAGAACAUGAGAAUAUGAAAUGGAUUUUCUGUGACUGUCUGCAGUGAAAAAGCUCUAGUGUUUGAUGAGUCAGCGAGUUGAACUCAAGCAUGAGCGUCUCUCCAUCAGCAGGAUGCUUUUCACUGACGCUGCGUUGAGAAAUAAAUAGAGAUUCACAACCUGCCAGGAUGGUUUGCAUUCUGACCCUCUUUGCAUCCAUUCUCUCAGCUCUUAUUGUUUCAGGGGAUGGCAUGACACAAAACUACAACAGUAAUGUCAUUAACGUGGCAAACUUUGCCAUGAAUUUCCACAAUCGCAUGAAUACCUACCCGUAUGCAUUUAAAGUGGUGGAUAUCAUAUCAGUCACGGCUCAGCUGUAUCCUCCUGCACGGGUUAAAUACACGUUACAGAUACAAGCUGCGCAGACCGUCUGCGAGAAUCAGGCGGGUGUGAAUCUGACAGACUGUGCUUUGCAGUCUAACGCCGAGAUCAUGACCUGUUCCUUCACUGUCAUUGCAGUGCCAGGAAACGACUACAUCCCCAAACGAAUGCUGUCUGAUCAUUGUGCCUGAGAAUUAUGAUGUAAAUGCUUACUAAUGGUGGAAUGUUGUGAGCGAUGCAUGCUUUGCCUCGUUAUGUACUUUGUGGCAUGUUAAUGUGCAUCACUAUUAGUGUUUUAUAAGAAGCAUUUCAUAAGCUGUCAUUAUGAAAUUAUGAAGUCACACUAACUUUAAAGCCUGUGAGUAACAUGGAUUUAGUUUUGUCAAAAAAUAAAUAAAAUGCAAAUUAAUUUUCUCAUA